AUGCCAUCUGCAGCUGUAUUUGUCGAUCUUCUUUUAGUUUUACUCAUUUCAUCUGUGUUUGGAGAAACAGAAAUACGGUUUGCUGGACAAAUAGAGUUUGUGGUUAAUGAAACAAGUACAACAGUUAUUCGACUUGUCAUUGAAAGGAUAGGAGAGCCAGAAAAUGUCACUGCAAUUGUGUCGCUCUAUGGAGAAGAUACUGGUGAUUUUUUUGACACAUAUGCUGCAGCUUUUAUACCUGUUGGAGAGACAAAUAGGACAGUAUACAUAGCAGUAUGUGAUGAUGAUUUUCCAGAGCCUGAUGAAACGUUUAUUUUUUAUUUAACAUUGCAGAAACCUUCUGCAAAUGUGAAACUUGGAUGGCCAAGGAGUGUUACAGUGACAGUAUUAUCCAAUGACAAUGCAUUUGGAAUCAUUUCCUUUAAUAUGCCUUCCUCAGUUUCUGCAAAUGAGCCUCGGGACAGAAAUGAGUCUGUUCCUCUUGCUUUCAUCAGGGAAAAAGGAACCUAUGGAAUGGUAACUGUAACAUUUGAGGUGGUGAGUGGUCCAAAUCCACCUGAAGAAGAUUUGAGUCCAGUUCGAGGAAAUAUCAGCUUUCCCCCUGGCAGAGCAAUAAUAGUUUAUAACCUGACAGUACUUGAUGAUGAGGUAUCAGAAAAUGAUGAGAUAUUUUUGAUUCAGCUGAGAAGUGUAGAAGGAGGAGCUGAAAUAAACACCACUAGAAACUCGGUGGAGAUUAUCAUUAAGAAAAAUGAUAGUCCUGUGAGAUUCAUUCAGAGUGCUUAUUUGAUACCCGAAGAAGACCACAUACUCAGCAUUUCAGUGAUUCGUGGAAAAGAUGACCUUGGAAACCUGAUUGGAUCAGAUGAAGGCGAAGUGUCUAUCAAUUAUGUUGUUAUAACUGGGAAUUCAACAGCACAUUCCCAGCAGAAUAUAGACUUCAUUGAUCUUCAAUCAAACACAACUAUUAUUUUUCCACCUUUUGUUUAUGAGUCACAUUUGAAGUUUCAAAUAGUGGAUGAUGCCAUACCAGAGAUUGCUGAAGCAUUUCACAUUGUGUUACUAAAAGAUACCUUAGAAGGAGAUGCUGUACUUUUAGGCCCUUCUAUUGUGCAAGUCACCAUUAAGCCAAAUGAUAAACCAUAUGGAGUCCUCUCAUUCAACAGUAUCCUGUUUGAGAAGACAGUUGUCAUUGAUGAAGAUACAACAACAAGAUUUGAAGAAAUUACAGUGGUCAGAAAUGGUGGCACCCAUGGGAAUGUUUCUGUGAACUGGCUAUUGACACGUAAUAGUAGUGACACCUCACCUGUAACAGCAGACAUUGGCCCAAGUUCUGGAGUUCUUCAUUUUGCUCAGGGACAGAUGCUGGCAUCCAUUCCUUUGACUGUCAUUAAUGAUGAUCUUCCAGAGGAAGCAGAAGCUUACUUACUUCAGAUUCUGCCUCAUACAAUAUUGGGAGGUGCAGAAGUGAGCGAACCAGCAGAGCUUUUAUUUUACAUUCAGGAUAGUGAUGAUGUUUAUGGCUUAAUAACAUUUUUUCCAAUGGAAGACCAAAAAAUUGAGAGCAGCCCAAAUGAAAGAUAUUUAUCCUUGAGUUUUAUAAGACUGGGAGGAACUAAAGGAGAUGUGAAAAUGUUUUAUUCUGCACUUUAUAUUCCUGCUGGAGCUGUGGACCCUUUACGAGCAAAAGAUGCCAUCUUAGUUGUAUCCAGGAGAAAUACUCUCGUUUUUCCAGAACAAAAAUCUCAAGUUACUACAAAACUACCAAUAAGAAACGAUGCAUUUCUUCAAAAUGGGGCCCAUUUUCUAGUACAGCUGGAAACUGUGGAGUUGGUGAACAUAAUUCCCCCUGUCCCAUCUAUAAGUCCUAAGUUUGGGAAAAUUCGGAAUGUUUCUUUAGAGAUUACUCCAGACAUUGCAAAUGGAGAAAUUGGCUUCAUUGGUAAUCAUCCAAUCAUUUUGCAUGAACCAGAAGAUUCUGAUGCUUAUGUGGUAUGCAUUCCUUUACAUCGAGAUGGAACUGAUGGCCAAGCUACAGUUUACUGGAGUUUGAGAGCAUCUGGGUUUAAUUCAAAAGCAGUGACCCUGGAUGAUAUAGGUCCUUUUAAUGGCUCUGUUGUGUUUGUAACUGGGCAAAGUGACACAAUGAUCAACAUUACUGUCAAAGCUGAUGACAUACCGGAAAUUAAUGAGACUGUGACACUUUCCCUAGACAGGGUCAAUGUGGAAAAUCAGGUGCUAAAAUCUGGAUAUACCAGCCGUGACCUAAUUAUCUUGGAGAAUGAUGAUCCUGGGGGAAUUUUUGAAUUUUCUCCUGAGUCCAGAGGUCCCUAUGUUAUAAAGGAAGGAGAUUCUGUGGAACUCCACAUAAUUCGGUCCAGAGGAGCUCUAGUGAAGCAAUUUCUACACUACCGAGUAGAGCCAAGAGAUAGCAAUGAAUUCUAUGGAAACACUGGAGUACUAGAAUUUAAACCUGGCGAAAGAGAUAUUGUAAUAACUUUGCUAACAAGAUUGGAUGGGAUACCAGAGUUGGAUGAACACUAUUAUAUAAUCCUCAACAGCCACGGUGAAUGGGAAAGCAAGCUGGGAAGCACUACCAUUGUCAACAUAACUAUUCUGAAAAACGAUGAUCCUCAUGGGAUUAUAGAAUUUGUUUCUGAUGAUUUAAGUGUCAUGAUAAACGAAAGUAAAGGAGAUGAUAUUUAUAGUGCGGUGUAUGGUAUAAUAAGAAAUCGAGGCAACUUUGAUGAUGUUAGUGUAUCAUGGAUGGUUAGUCCAGACUUUACACAAGAUAUAGUUCCUGUCCAAGGAAUUAUUUUUUUUGGAGAUCAGGAAUUUUCAAAAAAUAUCACCAUUAUUUCCCUUCCAGAUGAGAUUCCAGAGGAAAUGGAAGAAUUUACUAUUAUUCUACUUAAUGCCACUGGAGGAGCUAAGCUAGGAAAUAAUACUAUCGCAACUCUGAGGAUUAGAAGAAAUGAUGACCCCAUUUACUUUGCAGAACCUCGUGUAGUGAGGGUUCAGGAAGGUGAAACUGCUGACUUUACAGUUCUCAGAAAUGGAUCUCUUGAUACUGCCUGCACUGUGCUGUAUGCCACCAUGGGUGGGACAGCUGAAGCAAGAGAUGGAGAUUUUGUUCCUGUUGAAAAAGGGAAAAUGCUGGUGUUUGCUGUUGGAAGUAGCGAGCAGAACAUAUCCAUAAUUGUUAAUGAAGAUGAUAUCCCAGAGAGAGAUGAGCUCUUUUAUAUAACUCUUUUUAAUUCAACAGGUGAUACUGUAGUAUUUCAAUAUGGAACAGCUACAGUAAUUAUUGAAGCUAAUGAUGACCCAAAUGGUAUUUUUUCUUUGGAGCCCAUAGACAAAGCAGUAGAGGAAGGAAAGACCAAUGCUUUUUGGAUAUUGAGGCACAGAGGACACUUUGGCAAUGUUUCUGUGACUUGGCAGCUAUUUCAGAAUGAUUCUGUUCUGCAUCCAAGACAAGAGUUUUAUGAAAUUUCGGGGACUGUUGAUUUUAUAGAUGGGGAAGAAAGUAAACCAGUAAUUCUUCAUGCAUAUCCAGACAGAAUACCUGAGUUUGCUGAGUUUUAUAUUCUAAAACUUGUAAAUAUUUCAGGUGGCUUCCCAGGGCCUGGGGGUCAACUAGCAGGAGUUAACCUUCAGGUGACAGUAAUGAUUCCACUCAAUGAUGACCCUUUUGGAAUUUUCAUCUUGGAUCCAGAAUGUUUAGAAAGGGAAGUGGCUGAAGAUGUCUUCUCAGAAGAUGAUAUGUCUUAUAUUACCAACUUUACCAUUUUGAGGCAACAAGGUGUCUUUGGGGAUGUACGAGUAGGCUGGGAAAUAUUGUCAAGUGGGUUUAAUACUGGUUUGCCUCCAGUGAUAGAUUAUUUGCUGCUUGGAAACUUCCCCAGCACUGUACAUUUACAACCACACAUGAGGCGUCACCAUAGUGGAACAGAUGCCUUGUAUUUUAGUGGAUUAGAGGGUGCAUUUGGAACUGUUAACCCAAAAUACCAUCCUUCCAGGAACAAUUCAAUUGCCAACUUUACAUUUUCUGCUUGGGUUAUGCCCAAUGCUAAUACGAAUGGAUUUGUUAUAGCAAAGGAUGAUGGUAAAGGAGGCAUCUACUAUGGGGUAAGAAUUCAAACGAAUGAAUCCCAUGUGACACUUGCUCUUCAUUACAAAACAUUGGGUUCCAACACUACAUAUAUUGCCAAGACAACAGUCAUAAAAUAUUUGGAAGAAAAUGUUUGGCUUCAUCUUUUAAUUAUCCUUGAUGAUGGUAUAAUUGAAUUCUACCUUGAUGGAAGUGCAAUGCCAAAAGGAAUCAAGAGUUUGAAAGGAGAAGCAAUUUUUGAUGGUCCAGGAAUACUGAGAAUUGGAGCAGGAAUAAACGGCAACAGUAGAUUUACAGGUCUAAUGCAAGACGUGAGGUCCUAUGACAAAAAGCUGAGUCUCGAAGAAAUUUAUGAACUUCAUGCCAUGCCAGCAAAGAAUGAUUUAUAUCCUAUUUCUGGAUAUCUGGAAUUCAGACAGGGAGAAACAAAUAAGUCAUUCAUUAUUUCUGCAAAAGAUGACAAUGAAGAAGAAGGAGAAGAACUAUUUAUUCUUAAACUAGUCUCUGUUUAUGGAGGAGCUCGUAUUUCUGGAGAAAAUGCUCUAGCAAGAUUAAGAAUACAAAAAAGUGAUAAUGCUAAUGGCUUAUUUGGCUUCACAGGAACUUGUAUUCCAGAAAUUGCAGAGGAAGGCUCCACCAUUUCUUGUGUGGUGGAACGAACCAGAGGAGCUCUGGAUUAUGUGCAUGUUUUUUACACCAUCUCACAGAUAGAAUCUAAUGGCAUUAAUUACCAUGUUGAUGACUUUGCUAAUGCCAGUGGAACUAUCACAUUCCUCCCUUGGCAGCGAUCAGAGGUUCUGAAUAUAUAUGUUCUUGAUGAUGAUAUUCCAGAACUUAAUCAAUAUUUCCGUGUAACACUGAUUUCUGCAAUUCCUGGUGAUGGGAAAUUAGGUUCAACACCCACCAGUGGUGCAAGUAUAGAUCCUGAAAAGGAAACAACAGAUAUUACCAUCAAAGCUAGUGAUCAUCCAUAUGGCUUGCUGCAGUUCUCCACAGGGCUGCCUCCCCAGCCUGAUGACGUAAUGGUCUUGCCAGCAAGCAGCAUUCCUCAUAUUAUGGUGCAUGAGGAAGAUGGAGAAGUUAGGUUACUGGUCACCCGUUCGCAAGGACUCCUUGGAAGGGUAAUCGUGGACUUUAGAACAGUGCCAUUGACAGCAGUCAGUCCUGAUGAUUACCAGAAUGUUGCUGGAAGUUUAGAUUUUCAACAAGGAGAAAGAUAUAAAUACAUAGCUGUUAAUAUUACUGAUAAUUCUAUCCCUGAAUUGGAAAAAACUUUUAAAGUUGAAUUGUUCAACCCAGAGGGAGGAGUGGCUGAAUUCUUUAGGGUUGAAGGCAGUGGUAGUGGUGAUGGGGACGUGGAAUUCUUCCUUCCAACCAUGCACAAACGUGCCAGUAUCGGAGUGGCUUCCCAAAUCCUAGUGACAAUUGCGGCCUCUGACCAUGCACAUGGUGUGUUUGAAUUUAGUCCCGAGUCUCUCUUUGUCAGUGGAACUGAACCAGAAGAUGGGUUCAACAUUGUGACAUUGAAUAUCUUGAGAAGCCAUGGAACCCUUUCUCAUGUGACUUUGGUUUGGAGCAUAGAGUCUGAUCCUGAUGGUGAUCUCUCCUUCACCUCUGGCAAUGUCACAUUUGAGAUUGGGCAAAAGAGUGCCAACAUCACAGUGGAAAUAUUGCCAGAUGAAUGGCCAGAACUGGAUAAAGUGUUCUUUGUGUCAAUUCUCAGUGUUUCCAGUGGUUCUUUGGGUGAUCAUACUAAUGCUACAUUAAUAGUUUUGGCUAGUGAUGACCCUUAUGGGGUUUUUAUAUUUUCUGAGAAAAAUAGACCAAUUCAAGUCGAGGAAGCAACACAGAACAUCACCUUGUCAAUAUUCAGGUUAAAAGGCCUCAUGGGGAAAGUCAUGGUUACUUAUGCAACACUGGAUGAUAUGGACAAGCCAUCUUAUUUUCCACCUAAUUUAGCCAGAGCAACACAAGGAAAAGACUGUAUACCAGUUUCUGGAUUUGUUCUUUUUGGAGCUAAUCAGAGUGAGGCCACAAUAACUGUUUCAAUUUUGGAUGAUGAUGAGCCAGAAAGAUCGGAAUCUCUGUUUAUUGAAUUACUUAACUCUACUUUAAUAGAGAAAGUACAGGAUCGCCCAAUUCCAAAUUCUCCACGCCUUGGGCCUAAUGUAGAAAGUAUUGCUCAUCUAAUUAUCAUUGCCAAUGAUGAUGCAUUUGGAAUCCUUCAGCUCUCAGCUCCAGUUGUCCGAGUGGCAGAAAAUCAUGUUGGACCCAUUAUCAAUGUGACUAGAACAGGCGGAGCAUUUGCAGAUGUUUCUGUGAAGUUUAAAGCUGUGCCAAUAACUGCAAUAGCUGGUGAAGAUUAUAGUAUAGCUUCUUCAGAUGUGGUUUUAUUAGAAGGAGAAGCCAGUAAAGCUGUGCCAAUAUAUAUUAUUAAUGACAUCUAUCCUGAGCUGGAAGAAAUUUUUCUAGUGCAGCUGUUGAAUGAAACAACAGGAGGAGCCAAACUAGGGGCAUCAGAAGAGGCUAUCAUUAUUAUUGAGGCCUCUGAUGACCCCUAUGGAUUAUUUGGUUUUCAGAUCACUAAACUUAUAGUAGAGGAACCUGAGUAUAGCUCAGUGAUGGUAAACCUGCCAAUAAUUCGAAAUUCUGGGACACUCGGCAAUGUUACUGUUCAGUGGGUUGCCACCAUUAAUGGACAGCUUGCUACUGGCGACCUGCGAGUUGUCUCAGGUAAUGUGACAUUUGCCCCUGGGGAAACCAUUCAAACCUUGUUGUUAGAGGUCCUGGCUGACGACGUUCCGGAGAUUGAAGAGGUUAUCCAAGUGCAACUAACUGAUGCCUCUGGUGGAGGUACUGUUGGGGUAGAUGGAGUGGCAAACAUUAUUAUUCCUGCCAAUGAUAACCCUUAUGGUACAGUAGCCUUUGUUCAGUCUGUUUACCGAGUUCAAGAGCCUCUGGAGAGAAGUUCCUGUGCUAACAUAACUGUCAGGCGAAGCGGAGGGCACUUUGGUCGACUGUUGUUGUUCUACAAUACUUCUGAUAUUGAUGUAGUGACUCUUGCAGUAGAGGAAGGUCAAGAUUUACUGUCCUUCUAUGAAUCACCAAUUCAAGGGGCACCUGACCCACGCUGGAGAACUUGGGUGAAUGUGUCUGCAACGAGGGAAGCCCAGAAUGAGUGUGCUGCUUUGUGUCUCAAGGAGCAUGCAUGUUUGGCAUUUUCACUUUUAGAUGCUCCUGAGGGGCUACUGUGUUUUUGGAUGACAUUAUGGAUCAGCCCAACAUUAAACAACUCAGACUUCUGGACCUAUAGGAAAAACAUGACCAGGGCAGUGUCUCUUUUUAGCAGUCAGGCUGUGGCUGGCAAUGACUAUGAGCCUGUUACAAGGCAGUGGGCCAUAAUGCAGGAAGGUGAAGAAUUUGCAAAUCUCACAGUCUCUGUUCUUCCAGAUAAUUUUCCAGAAAUGGAUGAGAGUUUCCUGAUUUCUCUUCUUGAAGUUAACCUUAUGAAUUUCACUGUCAAUUUUAACAACCAGCCAACCAUAGGCGAGCCAAAUACUUCUACAGUUGUCAUAGCAUUAAAUGGUGAUGCCUUUGGAGUAUUUAUUAUCUACAGUAUAAGUCCCAAUACAUCAGAAGAUGGCUUAUAUGUUGAAGUUCAGGAACAACCCGAAAGCACAGUGGAGCUGAUGAUCCACAGGACUGGGGGAAGCUUAGGUCAGGUGACAGUUGAGUGGCGUAUUGUUGGUGGAACAGCUAUUGAAGGUUUAGAUUUUAUUGGUGCUGGAGAUAUUCUGACUUUUGCUGAAGGAGAAACAAAAAAGAUAGCCAUUUUAACUAUUUUGGAUGAUUCUGAGCCAGAGGAUGAUGAAAGCAUCAUAGUUCGUUUGGUAUACACUGAAGGUGGAAGUAGAGUUUUGCCCAGCUCUGACACUGUUAAAGUGAAUAUUUUGGCCAAUGAUAAUGUGGCAGGCAUUGUUAGCUUUCAGACAUCAUCGAGAUCUAUCAUAGGUCAUGAAGGAGAAAUUUUACAAUUCCAUGUAACAAGAACACCUCCAGGUCGAGGAAAUGUUACUGUUAGCUGGAAAGUUAUUGGGAAAAACCUUGAUCUCAGUUUUGUUAACUUUACUGGAGAACUCUUCUUUCCUGAGGGAUCAUUGAAUGAAACAAUAUUUGUGCAUUUGUUGGACGACACUAUUCCUGAGGAGAAAGAAGUUUACCAAGUCAUUCUCAGUGAUAUCAGGACACAAGGAGUUCCACCAGCAGGAAUUGCCCUACUUGAUGCUCAAGGAUAUGCAGCUGUCCUGACUAUAGAAGCCAGUGAUGAACCACAUGGAGUUUUCAAUUUUGCUCUUCCAUCAAGAUUUGUCUUACUGCAAGAGGCUAACACAACAAUUCAGCUUUUCAUCAACAGAGAAUUUGGAUCUUUAGGAGCAAUCAAUGUCACAUAUAUCACGCUUCCCGGAAUGUUCAGUCUGAAAAAUCAAACAAGAGGAAACUUAGCUGAACCAGAUGUUGACUUUGUCUUCAUAGUUGGCUCUUUGAUUUUAGAAGAAGGGGAAACGUCAGCAGCCAUCAACAUUACUAUCCUUGAGGAUGAUAUACCAGAACUAGAAGAAUAUUUCUUUGUGAAUUUAACUUCUGUUGAACUUGUCAUGGCUCCUUUAACUUCAUUUCCUCCUAGAUUAGAUUCAGAGAGGUCAACUGCACAGAUUAUUAUUGAUGCCAAUGAUGGUGGUCGAGGCAUUGUUGAAUGGCAACAGAGCAGACUUGCAGUUAAUGAAACCCAGGGGAGUUUGACAUUAGUUGUCCAGAGGAGCAAGGGAGUUCUUGGCCUUAUUUCCUUGUUUGUGUAUGCCCAGAAUUUGGAAGCACAGAUGGAACUGGAUUACAUCUUCACUCCAGUGAUUCUUCAUUUUGCUGAUGGAGAAAGGUAUAAAAAUGUUGAUAUCAUAAUUCUUGAUGAUGAUAUUCCAGAAGGAGAUGAACAAUUUCAGUUGAUUUUAGCUCAUCCUUCUCCUGGACUGGAAUUGGGGGAAAAUACAACAGCAUUCAUCACUAUCCUCGCUAAUGAUGAUGGCCCUGGAGUUUUAUCUUUUAACAACAGUGAGCAUUUUUUCCUAAGAGAACCAACGGCUCUCUAUGUACAGGAGAGUGUUGCAGUAUUGUAUGUUGUUCGAGAACCUGCACAUGGACUGUUUGGAACUGUGACAGUUCAGUUUCUUGUAACAGAAGUGAAUUCUUCAGUAGAGUCUGAAGAUCUGACUCCUUCCAAAGGCUAUAUCAUUUUGGAAGAAGGUGUCCAAUUUAAGGCCCUCCACAUUUCUGCUAUACUGGAUACGGAACCAGAGAUGGAUGAGCAAUUUGUUUGCACAUUGUUUAAUCCAACUGGAGGUGCUAGACUAGGGGCACAUGUUCAAACCCUGAUAACAAUUUUGCAAAAUCAAGCCCCUCUGGGACUAUUCAGUAUUAAUGCAGUUGCUAAUAGAGACAUCUCUAUUGACAUUGAAGAAGCCAACAAGACUAUCUAUUUAAAUGUGUCGCGUACUAACGGCAUUGAAUUGGCUGUGAGUGUGCAGUGGGAGACCAUAUCUGAAACAGCAUUUGGCAUGAGGGGAACUGAGGUUGUAUUUUCCAUAUUUCAAAGUUUUUUUGAUGUAUCUGCUUCUGGCUGGUGUUUCUUCACUUUGGAAAAUUCAGUAUAUGGUAUAAUGUUAAGAAAAUUGCCUUCCAUUAUUUACCGAUGGCAAGGGAUUUUUACUCCAGUUAAGGAAAUACACAUAGAAAAUCCUAAAAGCUGUGAGGCCUUUAAUAUUGGCCUUUCUCCCUACUUUGUCAUUACUCACAAGGAAAAUAAUGAAGAAAAGCCUUCUGUUAACAGUGUAUACACAUUCACUUCUGGAUUCAAGUUAAUUCUGGUACAAACAAUCAUUGUUUCAGAAAGUUCUCAAGUAAGAUAUUUUACCAUAGAUGGGCAAGAUUAUUUAAUUGUUGGAAGUCAAAGAAAAGGUUCUGAAUUAACUCAGGUUUUCCAGUGGAAUGGAGGCAGCUUCGUGUUUCAUCAGUUACUACCUGCCCAAGGUGUGCUGAGCAUGGCAUUGUUUACCAGAGGAGGUUCUGUGUUCUUAGUUACUUCCCAGGAUACUGCCAGGCCAAAUUCCCUGUUAUUCAGAUGGACUGGCAAAGAGUUUAUUAACUUUCAAGAAGUGCCAGUUCAUGGGACAACACAAGUGGAGGCUUUGACUUCAGGAGAUGAUACAUACUUAAUCUUUGCCAAAGCGUUGUCUCUAGAUCAUGAUUCAAUUGAGAUUUUUAUUUGGGAGAGAGGAGAGUCUUCUUUCAGGUAUUUUCAGUCAUUGGAUUUUGCUGCUGUUAAGAAGAUCCACACCUUCACACCAGCUUCAGGAAUAGUUCAUGUACUUCUUAUUGGUCAAGCUAUGUCUGCUCUUUAUGGCUGGGAUUCAGAGCUGAAUCAAUUCUCUUUUAUUCUGGAAGCACCUUCUGCUCACGAUGUAGCUUCUGUUACUGUAAAGUUCCUCAACUCAAGCAAGAACUUAAUUGCUUUAAUGGGAACCCCCCACUCCCACAUGUAUGAACUGGCCUAUAUUUCAAGCCAGUCUGACUUUAUUCCUAGUUCAGGUGAGUUGAUAUUUGAACCUGGUGACAGAGAAGCUGUCAUAGCAAUAAAUAUCCUUGACGAUGCACUUCCAGAGGAAGAAGAGUCCUUCAGAAUUCAACUUAAAAAUCCCAAAGGAGGAGCAGAAAUUGGCAUUAAUGGUUAUGUAAAAGUAACUAUUCUGUCUAAUGAUGAUGCUUAUGGAGUUAUUGGUUUUGCUCAGACUUCUCUUUAAAAACAAGUGGAGGAAAUGGAGCAAGAUAGCCUAGUAACCUUGAAUGUGGAGCGUUUGAAAGGAACAUAUGGUCGUAUAACCAUAACAUGGGAAGCUGAUGGAAGUAUUAGUGAUAUAUUUCCUACUUCAGGAGUGAUUUCAUUUUCCGAAGGCCAGGGCCUUUCUACAAUCACAUUGACUGUUCUUGCUGAUGAUACAGUCUGAGUUUCUCAGAGAUCGUCGAUUAUAACACAUCAUCCAAAUUACUACAGAAGGGGGUUAAGGAACUAUCAAAAGGUGCUAUUAUAUGAUGAGAAAAGGAACAAGUCCGUGAUAACCAUUUUGCCCAAUGACUCACCAUAUGUAGUGGGCUGGCUUGCCGAGUCUCUCUUCCUGAGAGUAACAGAGCCUAAAGAGAACAUCACCAUCCUUCAGCUGCAGAUUGUUCGAAAUAAAGGACUAAUUGGAGACAUUGCCAUUCACUUAAUAGCUAAACCCAAUUUCUUGCUGCAUGUUAAUAAUCAAGCAACUGAGAAUGAAGAUUUUAUGUUACAAGAUACAAUUAUAAUAAUGAAAGAGAACAUGAAAGUAACUCAUGCCAAUAUUGCCAUUUUGCCAGAUAAUGCUCCUGAACUGGAGGAAGGAUUUAUCGUCAACAUCACGGAGGUUUACCUAUUGAGCUCUGACUUCACUAUAGGACAACCAGCUGUACUGAGACCUGGAAUGGAAAUAAUUGAGAUUAUGAUCGAAGAAAAUGAUGAUCCCAGAGGAAUUUUUAACUUUCAUGUUACCAGAGAUAUUGAUGGAGUUAUUACUGCCUAUGAGUUGCCUCCACCCCUGAAUUGUCUUCAAAUUUCGGUAGUACGACUGGCUGGAAAGUUUGGAACAGUAAAUGUUUACUGGGAGGCAAUAGCAGACAGUGCUGAUCUAGAAGACUUUAAGCCAUCUCAUGGGAUUCUUGAAUUUGCAGAGGGACAGGACAUUGCAAUAAUAGAAAUUACCAUAAUUGAUGAUGCUGUCUUUGAACUCAUGGAGACAUUCAAUAUUUCCUUAGUUGGGGUGACUGGUGGUGGCAGACUUGGUGAUGAUAUUCUGCUAAUAGUUGCUAUUCCACAAAAUGAUUCUCCAUUUGGAAUAUUUGGAUUUGAACAAAAUACUGUAACAAUUGAUGAAUCCCUUUUGUCUGAUGAUCCUGAUUCAUAUGUGACUUUGACAGUUGUUCGGUCCCCAGGUGGAAAAGGAGCUGUUCGUCUUCAUUGGACAGUAGAUAAGAAGGCUAAAAGAUGCUCUCAGCCUUUGAACGGGACACUUCAUUUUGAUGAGACUGAGUCUCAGAAGACUAUUGUACUGCAUACACUUCAAGACACUUUGUUGGAGAAGAAUAGAAAUUUCACCAUUCAGCUGAUGUCAGUGGAUGACAUAGAAAUAUCACAGUAAAAGGGUAGUGCUUCAAUAAUCAUCAGGGGAGAUAAGGGAACUUCUGGAGAAGUUGGAAUAGCUCCAUCAUCUAGGCACAUCCUCAUUGGGGAACCCUCAGCAAAAUAUAAUGGUACUGCUAUCAUCAGCCUUGUUCGUGGUCCAUCUAUAUGGGGAGAGGUAACAGUGAGUUGGAGAAUAUUGCCUUCUUCCUUGGGAGAAUUUGCUGAAACAUCAGGGAAACUGACAAUGCGAGAUGGACAGUCUGCAGCCAUUGUAGUAAUACAGGCUUUAAAUGAUGAUAUUCCUGAGGAAAAGUGCUUCUAUGAGUUUCAGCUGACUGAAAUCAGUGAAGGGGGAAUACUGAGUGAAUUCAGCAGCACGGCUAAUAUCACAAUGGUCGCCAGUGACUUUCCUUAUGGUCAAUUUGUUUUUUCACAAGAGCAACUUCGAAUAUCAGAAGAGGCUCAAAGGGUUAACAUCACAAUCAUUCGAUCCAGUGGAUCUUUUGGCCGUGUUAGACUCUGGUAUAAUACUCUGAGUGGAACAGCGGAGGCUGGAUUAGAUUUUGUACCUGUGCCAGGAGAGUUCGUCUUUGAAGAGAAGGAGAUCAUGAAAAACCUUUCUAUUGAAAUACUUGAUGAUGAUUUUCCUGAAGGCCCAGAGGAUUUCUUUCUGGUGAUAACAAAGGUGAAACUCCUGGGAAGAGGGUAUGAUUUCAUGAUCCAAGAAAAUGGACUCCAAAUUGAUCAACCUCCUGAAAUAGGAAAUAUCUCCAUUGUCCGAAUCAUUAUACUGAGAAAUGAUAAUGUUGAAGGAAUCAUUGAAUUUGACUCGAAGUAUACUGCCUUUGAAGUGGAAGAAGAUGUUGGAAUGAUCAUGAUUCCAGUCGUUAGGCUUCGUGGAACUUACGGCCAUGUGACAGCAGAUUUCAUCUCUCAGAGUUCCUCCGCAGUUCCUGGAGGUGUCGAUUAUGUACUACUUGGUACUUCAGUCACCUUUCAGCAUGGGCAGAACUUAAGUUUUAUAAAUGUCACCAUUGUUGAUGAUGAUGAAAGUGAAUUUGCCGAGCCCAUUGAAAUUCUGCUGGUAGGCGCUACUGGUGGAGCGAUCCUUGGGCGCCACCUUGUGAGCAGAAUCACAAUCGCCAAGAGUGAUUCUCCCUUUGGUGUGGUCAGAUUUCUCAAUCAAAGCAAAAUUUCUGUUCCUAAUCCCAAUUCCACAAUAACGUUAUUCUUGGUUCUGGAGCGGACUGGAGGACUUCUGGGAGAGAUUCAGGUGAACUGGGAAAUAGUGGGACCUAAUUCCCAGGAAGCUUUGCCACCACAGAACAGAGACAUUGCAGAACCUGUGAGUGGGUCCUUCUUUUUUGGAGAAGGGGAAAGUGGCAUCAGGACCAUAACUUUAACUAUCUAUGCUCAUGAAGAAGUUGAAGUUGAAGAGGCUUUCAUCAUUAAACUUAACCUUGUUAAAGGAGAAGCUAAACUAGAACCCAGAGCUAAAGAUGUUACAUUAAUAAUACAAAAGUUUGGUGAUCCAAAUGGAGUGGUUCUGUUUGCUCCAGAGUCUUUAAUUGAGAAGACUUAUUUGGAGCCUUCAGCUUUGGAAGGACCUCUGAUCAUAACUUUCUUUGUUAAAAGAGUUAAGGGUACCCUUGGAGAGAUUACGGUUUCUUGGGAAUUAAGUAGUGAGUUUGACAUUACUGGAGACUUUCUUUCUACUAAAGGAUUUUUUACUAUUUCUGAUGGAAAGAGUGAGGUGAACUUUGAUAUUCACCUACUACCAGAUGAUAUACCAGAGAUAGAGGAAGAUUAUGUGAUCCAGCUUAUCUCUGUCGAUGGAGGAGCAGAACUGGAUCCAGAAAAAUGCAUUACUCGCUUCUCUGUUUCUGCAAAUGAUGACCCACAUGGAGUGUUUGCUCUCUAUUCAGAUCACCAGUCAAUACUUAUUGCAGAGAACUUUAGUAGAACAAUUCAAAUUAAUGUGACCCGGCAUGCUGGAACUUUUGGAGAUGUGACUGUUAGAUUUCUAAUAUCAUCUGAUCAAAAGGAUCAGCCACUGGUUACUGAAAAUGAAGAGAGGCAGCUAGUCGUCGAAGAUGGAGUCAGAUUCAAAGUGGACAUGGUGCCUGUCAGGAGUCAGGCCUUUUUGUCUCUGGGCUCUAAUUUUACUUUGCAACUUGUGAUGGUAAUGCUUGUUGGUGGACAUAUCAACGGCACACCAGAGAUUCUCCAAGAAGCAAAAACUGCUGUUGUUUCUGUACCUGAGAAAGCUGCCAAUUCUGAGGUUGGAUUUGAAUCCACUGCUUUUCCACUCACAGACAUCACUACUGGAACAAGCCGGGUUGUGAUUUCUAGGAGAGGCACAUACGGCUCCCUUAUGGUUGCCUGGGCUGCUGGAUAUCCUCAUGAGUUUGAAAUCCCUGAGUUCAUUGUUGUUGGCAACAUGACACCAAUGCAGGGGAACAUUUCCUUUUCCCAUGGAGAGCAAAGUAAAGGGGUCCUUCUGUGGACAUGGCCCAGCCCAGGUCAGCUAGAGGCCUUUCCUAUUCAUCUUUUGGGAGUACAGAGCAGUGCCCCAGGUGGUGCUCAGCUUCGAUCAGGGUUCACAGUUGCAGAAAUUGAACCUAUGGGAGUCUUCCAGUUUUCCCCAAGUUCAAGAAAUAUUCAAGUGUCAGAAGAUACACCAAGGAUCAGAUUACAAGUACAAAGACUGUUUGGCUUCCAUGGCGAUCUUAUUAAAGUUUUCUAUCAGACAACUGCAGGAAGUGCAAAACCACUGGAAGAUUUUGAACCUGUUCAUUAUAAGGAACUGCUUUUUCAAAAACUUGAAGCUGAGGUUGAUUUUGAAAUAAUGAUUACUAAUGAUCAGCUUCCUGAGACAGAAGAAAGUUUUUACAUUAAUCUGACUUCAGUAGAAAUGAAAGAAUAUUCAAAGUUUGAUGCUACUUGGAAACCACGCCUAAAUCCAGAUUUUAAUGUUGCAGUGAUCACAAUAUUGGAUAAUGAUGACCUGGCAGAAAUGGAUAUAUUUUUACCCAAGACAACUUUUGUGGCUUUAACAGUCGAUACAACUCUUAUUCCUGUAGAAAGUGACUCCUCCACGAUAUAUCCUGAUACAACUAAGAUAUCUACCAUACCACAACCAACUGAAAUAAUCACCAUUAUUACUGAAACAACUGGAGCAUCUGUGAUUUCUGAAAAUCUUGUCACCCUUCCUGGAACAUCUCCCAUGUCAGAAAAGCCUGAUGAGGUCACUUUAACUACCAAUGUUUCUAUUCAUGGCACAUUCAGUGUUGGACCACCCAUUAUUUAUGUAAAAGAGGAAAUGAAUGACACCCUUCAUAUUGCAGAAGUUCUUAUUCGAAGAACUGGUGGUUGUACUGGCAAUGUCAGUAUAAUACUAAAAACUUUUGGUGAAAGAUCUGCUCAGAACGAACCAAAUAUUGCAUUUCCCUCUCCUGAUACCUACGGAAUUUCCAAUGUAACAUGGGCAAUUGAAGAAGAGGACUUUGAAGAACAAUCUCUCCUCCUUACGUUUGCAGAUGGAGAAAGAGAACAUAAGGCAUUGAUUCAAAUUUUGGAUGAUGACGAGCCUGAAGGCCAGGAAUUUUUCUAUGUAUUUCUCAGAAACCCUCAAGGAGGUGCACAAAUUGUCAAAGGAACAGAUGAUACUGGAUUUUCUUCUUUUGCCAUGAUCAUUAUUACAGGGAAUGAUCUUCAUAAUGGCAUCAUAGGAUUCAGUGAGGAGUCGCAAGGUGAACUAGCGCUGGGUGAAGGAGCUGGUCUGAACAUACUGGAUCUUACUGUUACUAGGCAGCCAAACAGGGCAUUUGAAGAUGUCACAGUCUUUUGGAGAGUUACAUUUAACAAAACAUCCACUUGGCUCCAGAAACAUGGUGUGAAUCUGAUGGAUAUACUCUUCUCUGUGUCAGGAACCACGACCUGUAGAAUGGGUCAAACAAAAUGCUUGAUCACCAUUGAGCUCAAACAAGGAAAGAUACCUCAGGCUGACAUGAAAUUUUUUGUGGAACUGUAUAAAGUUACUGAUGGAGCAGCUAUAAACAAUAGUGCCAGAUUUGCACAGAUUAAAUUAUUCCAGAGGGAUGGGCCUCAGAGCCUUGUGUAUUUUUCUGUGGGUUCUCGAUUGCCAGUGACUCAUAAGAAGGCCACCUUAAUCAGUUUGCAGGUGGUCAGAGAUUCUGGGAUAGGACUAAUAAUGUCUGUUAAUUUCAGUACCCAGGAGUUAAGGAGUGCUGAAACAAUUGGCCGGACUCUUAUUUCUCCAGCAAUUUCUGGGAAGGAUUUUGUGAAAACAGAAGGGAUGUUGGUCUUUGAACCUGGUCAAAGGAGUACCAUAUUGGAUAUCGUCUUAACACCGGAGAUAGGGUCUUUAAGUCCAUUUCCCAAACGAUUCCAGAUUGUGCUAUUUGGCCCAAAAGGUGCUGCCAAAAUUGACAAAGUAUAUGGUACUGCUAACAUCACCCUUAUCUCUAAUGUGGAAUCGCAGGCUGUUUGGGAACUUGCAGAUCAGUUACAGCAGCCCUUGGAUAGUAAUAUUCUCAACAGAGUGCUCCACCGCAUCAGUAAGAAAGUAUCCACAGAGAACACAGAUGAAGAGCUUAGUGUCGUGAUGCAUCUGAUAGACAAGAUAAGCAAUGAAGGAAAAAAUCAAGCAUUCAGUACUGAAAGCCGAAAUCUCUUCUAUGAGAUUCUUUGUGUUCUUAUUAAUCCUAUGCGCAAGGAUACUAAGGGAUUCAGCCACUUUACUGAAGUGACUGAGAAUUUUGCCUUUUCUCUACUGACUGAUGUUACCUGUGGCUCACCCGGUGAAAAAAGCAAAACCAUUCUUGAUAAGUGCCCAUAUUUGUCCAUUAUGGCCCUGCACUGGUAUCCACAGCAAAUCAAUGGGCACAAGUUUGAAGGAAAAGAAGGUGACUAUAUUAGAAUUCCGCAGAGGUUAUUGGAGAUACCAGAUGCAGAAGUAAUGACUGGAGAAAAUAAAUGUGAAUUAGUCCAAUUUAUCGAAUAUAGCAGCCAACAGUGGUUUAUAUCUGGAAACAAGCUUCCUGCCUUGAAAAAUAAGAUAUUAUCUUUGAGCGUGAAAGGACAGAGUUUACAACCUUUGACUGAUCAUAAUGAGAUUCUCUAUAGGAUUUAUGCAGCUAAACCUAGAAUUAUUCCUCAAACCUCUCUGUGUCUCCUUUGGAAUCAGGAAACUGUAAGCUGGUUGUCUGACAGUCAGUUUUGCAAAGUGGUUGAGGACACUUCAGACUACGUGGAAUGUGCUUGUUCAUACAUGUCUAUGUAUGCUGUCUACGCCCAGACCGAUAACUUGUCUUCUUACAAUGAAGCCUUUUUCUCUUCUGGAUUUAUAUGUAUCUCAGGUCUUUGCAUGGCUGUUCUUUCCCAUGUCUUCUGUGCCAGGUACUCCAUGUUUGCAGCUAAACUUCUGACUCACAUGAUGGCAGCCAGCUUAGGUACACAGGUUGUGUUUUUGGCAUCUGCAUAUGCAAGUAUCCAACUGACAAAUGAGAGCUGUUCAGCUGUGGCUGCUGUUACACAUUAUCUGUAUCUUUGCCAGUUCAGCUGGAUGCUUAUUCAGUCUGUCAAUUUCUGGUAUGUGCUGGUAAUGAAUGAUGAACACACAGAGAGACGGUAUCUGCUGUUUUUCCUUCUGAGUUGGGGACUGCCAGCUUUGGUGGUGAUUCUCCUCGUCGUUAUUUUGAAAGGAAUCUAUCACCAGGAUAUCUCACAGAUAUAUGGACUCAUCCAUGGGGAUCUGUAA